AUGUCCUCGUACGGCGGUUCUGGUGCAUGGGACGGCGGCCCGCCUGGCGCUGAGGCGGAGUACGCCACGCAGCGUGCCCCGCCGCUCGCCGCGCCCAUGCCCACCACGGACCCCUGGACAGGCGUCAGCUACAGCACCUACGGCCAGCCUCACUACGAUUACCAGCAAUAUGGUGCCACGGGUUACGGUUAUAAUUACGAUUCCGGUUAUUAUCCUAGAUCUGACGGCUAUUACAAAUACCAAGAUUCAAGAAGUGCUUAUCCCGCGCCGCAAGCCAGUUACGAUUACUCUAGGCCCCGUGAGCGAAGUCGCUGCCCCAUAGAAUCCACGGAUUAUGAACAUAGACAAAAAUCUUAUAGAACCAAUUCACGUAGUGUAUCUCCAUUUGAGAAGAAGGAAAGAGCAUAUUCUAGAAAAAGGGAUAGUAGUUAUGAGGAAGGUACUAGAAGUAGACGGUCAAGAACUAAGUCAAAGUCAAAACACACAAAGUAUUCUUCUAGUGACCAUUCUAGCUCUAGAUCUAGAUCAUACUCCAGAUCUCCUUUAAAGAAAAAUAAAAAGAGGUCAUCCUCUUCUGAAUCAUCUGAUUCUGAUAAUUCUUUUAAGAAAAAAUCAAGUCGAGGAAGGGAUCAUUCUUUAACCCCACCAUUAAAAAGAAGUAAAUCUCAUUCUCGUAAUCAUUCUAAAACUCCUGAUAGUAAGAGGAAUUCUAGUAGCAGAUCCCCAAGUGUGGUAAGAGAAAAGUUGAGAAGCAAAGAAAAAUCCCAGUCUAGUAAUGAUAGGAAGCCGAGAAAUCGUUCAACUUCAAAAAAACAAAAGGAAUUAUCAGCUACCCCACCCAAAAUCCACAAAAAAUCCAACAGAUCAGCUACACCUCAAAUUCAUAAAAGGUCUGAACGGUCACUUACACCACCAAGGAAAUAUAAAGCUAAGGAGAAAAGGUCUGAAACUCCACCGAGGAAACCACGAGACAGUUCUAUUACACCUCCAAGAUGUUAUGCUAGAAGUCGCUCAUCUUCAAGUUUUGGCUCUCGAUCAAGAUCUUUGACUCCUAAACAUUCAAAGCGUAAACGUUCAUCCAGUCCAAAAUCAAAACAUUCCAGAUCCAGUUCUCUUUCCAGUCGCUCAUCUAGGUCUUCCAGACAUUUUAGAUCUAAAUCUAAACGUAAAUUGAGACAUAAAUCAUCGUCAAAGCGUAAAUCCCGCUCUAAGAGUCGCUCUACGCGUCACUCUAAGAGCAAAAGCAGGUCUAUGUCCCGUCAAAGAUCUUCAUCAAGAGGGAAAAGUAGACGCUCGGUAUCCUCGAAAUCCAAAUCACGAUCAAGGUCUCGCAGUUCACGAUCUCGCAGCCGCAGUGGUACUCCAAGCGAUGAUGAACGGCGUGGUCAAUUUACAGUGGAAGAUAGAAAACGCUUUUGGAAAAAGCAUAGAAGUCGACAGGAGGAAAAAGAAAAGGCUAAAUCUCCUGCAAAAGAAGUAAAACCACCGCCAGGUGCCGUUGAAUCCACUACUGUUGACGAUAUUGAGUAUGGAGACCCGCCUGAAGUAGAAGGACCUAACUUUGCUGAGCUUUUACCACCACCUGAACAAGUUAUGCAACAAGCAGCUACAUCAUCUAAAUCUAAACCUAUGGCAAUACCAAUUAAGAAUGAUGGCAGUUUCUUGGAAAUGUUUAAAAAAAUGCAAGAAGAAACUAAAAAAACUGAAGUUGUAGAGAAAAAGCCAGAAAUUAAAAAACCAGUUUUACCAUUUAUUGGGAAACGACGUGGUGGAAGGGUGCUUAAAACUGGUUUAGUGAAGAAAGCAAAAGCUAUUGAUGAGCAAACUGUGGACAACACUCCAAAAGAUGCAUGGUCACUAUACAUGCAGGAAGUUAAAAAAUAUAGAGAGACUUCUUGUGAGGAGGAAAGGAAGACACGGCCUCUUGUGAAAUAA